CUGUACACAGUUGGUUCCUCCUCAGUGUUCGUUGAACUUUGAAAAACUACCUCGCUCUUUAUCACAAACGAAAACGAGAUGGCCAACAGCAAUUUGAAAUUUGUUACUUGGGCGGUACUCUUCGCGUUUUUCUACACCUGUCAGUUGAAGGUAUUGGCUUACAUGGCGGAGGAUAUCAACAUGGAUCUGAAAUUCAUAAAAAUUUGCAACAAGACGUCGCCCAUAAGCAUACAUACUAUGAACGAGGUCCUGGUGAACAAAAAACUAAUGAAAGGAGAAUCUAGCUCCUUCAAAUGCUUCCUCCACUGUCUCUUCGCGAAAUAUGGCUGGAUGGACGAGGAGGGCGGCUUCCUCUUGCACGACAUCAAGGACACUUUGGAACAAGCGGACGUAGAAAUAGCCAGUCUGGAGUACAUUCUAUAUAAAUGUACAGCCCUAGAAUCCGUCGACAGAUGCGAGAGGUCUUAUAUGUUCACCGAAUGUUUUUGGGAAAAAAUGUCAGAGCAACAACCCAGUGAAGAUCAACUAUUCUACAGCAUAGAAGACUAUAAAUAAUUUUCAUGUUAAAUUAAUUUAUACAGUUAUUAUUUUAAUAAAACAUCAUUUUAA